AUGGUAGAAGAGAGAACGCUCCUUCUUGUUCAGCCAGGAAGCAUGAUUGACAGAUUCCAUGGAGAGUACCUCGGUGUGAGUGUGAAGAAGAAUGUGAUCGUGACAAUCUCUUAUUGUGCAUGGGUUUGCUAUGAAUUAGAUGGUGAAAUUGAGGCUCUACUUGAAUUGCUGGAAGAUGAUGAUGAAAAAGAGAAACAACUGAAAGAAAACGUUAAAAAAUGGCAAAGGAACAAAUCAAAUGAUUUAAAUGAUGAUCACAUUGUGGGUCAAGUUGCACUUCAGUUUAGGUCAUCGGCGCAUCAAGGAUGUGUAAAUACUAUUUCUUGGAACUCAAAAGGCUCACUAUUGAUAUCUGGAUCUGAUGAUGCUCAUGUAAAUCUUUGGAGUUAUGAAAGCCGCAAGCUUUUGCAUUCCAUUGAUAGUGGUCAUAGGAAUAAUAUAUUUUGCACAAAGUUUGUUCCUGAAACAUCUAAUGAGUUGGUAGCAUCUGGAGCUGGUGAUACUGAAGUAGAACCUGGUAAUCCGAAUGUUGUCUGGAGUGCCAGCGAGGAUGCCACUCUGAGACAACAUGAUCUCCGGGAGGUCACUUCUUGUCCCCCUGCUGAGAACUGUAAAGGACUACUGGAAUUUACUUGUAUACACUGA